AUGGAGUCUUUUGUGCCUAAGGAUUCGCCUUUGGACGACUAUCUCCAAGGAGUGGGUGGUGAAAGUGAGGAGAACUGGCAAACGGCGGAAACGAACAGCGAUAGUGAACAUGACAUCCCGGCCUCCGAUUUUGCUCCUCGGGGAACUUCUCGCUUUCAGAGCCGAGUCCGCAACAAGCUCCCAAAGCCCUUGAACCUCCGGAGCUCGCCUCAUGGAGCGAUUGUUGAGAAGCUAUACACUGCCUGCUCGUCUGCCCUAAACGCGCGCAUCGCAAGAGGUGAUAACGAGCGGUUUCUGGAACAAUUCGGAUAUGUCAUAGUCGCCUCUCAAUUAUUAAACGAGCACAGCGCGCCUUCCUACACCUCCGCCGCGGACGUCCUCGCAACUUCACAGCCUGCAGAGCUUCCAUCACUCUCCACGACAUUUGGUCUACAAGGUGCCAUUGUCACGGCGUCCACAUCCUUCUCGAUUGUGUGGUUACUACACUGGGGCCGGUCGAAGACGGGAUCUGGGCUAAAUCCGCGAAAGUUUGGGAUCUUAUUGGUCCUAGUACCAGUUCUCGGGGUCUUUUUCUAUGCAUUCGCCAAACGACAAUGGUUGAAAUACUUGCGGCAUCAGGCGGUGGAGGCAGCUGGGGCUUUUGUUGGGAAUGCUCAGGGGUUUGACUCGGCUGCAUCAGCUUCGGUGGUCUUUAUACAAGAGGUGGAGCUCGUUUCUAGAGGCUAUCGGAUAAGCACUCCCCUCCCCCCUAUCAGUCGACUGGAAGACCAGGUACAAACUCGGCGGUGCUUGCGACUUCGAAGAGCAGUGUCCGAAUGUUUUUGGUCCAUGCUCGAGCGUUAUAUUCAAUCACAAAAUACCCUGCGACCGCUUACCGACGAGGCCAACCUUGCUAAAUAUUACGACAUAUAUGAUAUCGCACUGGAGGAUCUCGAAGCUAUAGAGGCAACACUGUCGCAACGAUCUAUGGAUGACCAAUACUCAUUGCGUUCCCUACGUGAAUCGUUCGGGAAAUUGUAUACUGUGAGGAAAAGCGUUUUAUGCUGCUUGCUCGCACUCAGUGCCGAUGGAGGAGGAUCUGAUAUCGCGAGGUGGAGUUCAGCCGUGGAAGAGAUGCGCGAACUUGCUGCUGUCACUGGAUCAAGUAUGACCAAAAUGGCCAACAUCCUGAAUGAAGAGGACCGGGAUGUUAUUCCUCCGUCACCAUUACCGUCUGCCUCCCCAAGCAAGGAGCACAUGCGCGCGCAAUUCCGGCGGCUGAACUCCUUAUCUCAGGGUGUUCGUGCCUUGCAUGCUAAAAUGCAUAUCGUCAGCGAGGAGUCCAAUGCCAAUCUUGAGCAAUCCGAAGCAGGCGAAUUUGAAGCGAGUCUACUGGUACAGUAUGACUCCAUCGGUAGCGACAUCCGGGCUCUCCUCCAAGAAUGGGAGCUCGGGAAAGCCGCUUUUGUACACAGCCAGGAUCGUCUCAGUGUCGGGGACUUCUCCCGGCCCCCGAGUACAGCCUUUCCACUGUCUCCUACCCCUAGUCUUGGCGGUACUACCGCCGUGGAGGGUAGUCCCACCGAUGCUCUCAAAGCGCUGAACGGUGAGCGUCCCGACUUGACGCACAGUUUUGAAGAUGAGGAGAUUUUCGAAGCCGUUGUACUUCCUGCUUCAAGAAAUAAGAGAGCCUCUCUAACGAGAGAUGAGCGUCUGGCACGCGUUCGUGAAGCACGUGCCAGUAAAGCGGCCGUUCAGGAAAAAGCAAAUGCAAAGACAAAUAUGCUCAAGGAGCUGGAGAUGGUCAUCCAGCAAAGACCUCGCAACAACCCUUCCAAGCGAAACCCACAAUCACAACCCCACAUCAACAUGCUUGAGGCACGAUUGGAACAGGCUUCUCUUCUGAAGCGCGUUGUCGACGCCAUCAAGGACCUCGUCCAGGACUGCAACUUCGACUGCAAUGACUCCGGAAUCGCCCUCCAGGCCAUGGACAACUCGCACGUUGCCCUGGUCUCCAUGCUGCUCCGUGCCGAGGGGUUCUCUCCCUACCGCUGCGACCGUAACAUUGCUCUCGGUAUCAACCUGGUCUCGCUCACCAAGGUCCUGCGUGCUGCCCAGAAUGAAGACAUCUUGACGCUGAAGGCGGAGGACUCUCCUGAUGCUGUUAACUUGAUGUUCGAGAGUGCCGAGACUGAUCGUCUCAGCGAGUAUGAUAUUAAGCUCAUGGAUAUUGACCAGGAGCACCUGGCUAUUCCCGAGACUGAAUAUGCUGCAACCGUUGAGAUGCCUUCCAUGGAGUUCCAGCGUAUUUGCAAGGACCUGAACGCUCUGUCCGAGUCUGUCGUCAUCGAGGCCAGCAAGGAAGGUGUCAAGUUCUCCUGCUCUGGUGACAUCGGUAACGGCUCCGUUACCAUCCGCCAGCACACCAACGUCGAGAAGCCCGAGCAGAACGUUACCAUUGACCUCUCCGAGCCCGUCGCCCUGACCUUCUCCCUCAAGUACCUCGUCAACUUCUGCAAGGCCUCCAACCUGUCCGGCUCCGUAAGGCUGAACCUGUCCCAGGAGGUUCCUCUCCUGGUUGAGUAUCCUCUUGGCAGUGGUCACCUGCGCUUCUACCUCGCCCCCAAGAUCGGCGAUGAGGAGUAA